UUUGUCAUCGAGUCGGACUUUUCAUCAUCGAGGAGAGGCAGAGGCGGUGUGCCUCGUCGGUCCUACCACUGUAAAGGCGUGUUUCGUGGGACCAUGGUGCCGUGACCGUCCUUUUGUCAUCAUUUCGACUAGAACAGCCCGAGGAAGCGUCUUCAUUAGUACCUACCUUGCAAGUGGCAGUGGUAGUGUCUGGAUGGUGUUGUGCUAGUGUGCGUCUCUGGUAUUAGUGCCUGCCGGUGAAUCCGCGCUUCGUCUGUAGUGCUCCGGUAUCCAGCUGGGAAACCCUGCUCGGCUGGUACGAUGAUAGGACGGUUAGCGCGGGUGCUUUGCCGAUCGGUCAGCAGUAUUCGUACCGUCGGCAGUAUUGCAGCUCUGACGCUAGUGGCAGCCGGUGGCGCGGCGCUGUGCCCCACCCCGGACACCUGGCCGCUAUCCAGUGCCGUCCUGCUGUCUCCCGGGAUCAGUUCGCAGCUGCCCUGGGCCGAGGCGCCGCAGGGCACCGUGGCCAGGUACCGCUGCGACCCCGGCUACCUGCCCGUCGGCCUCACGGAGAGGACGUGUCGAGCUGAUGGCACCUGGAGCGGGGCCGCCCCGCGCUGCCUGCUCAACAUAGCCAGUCAGACGAGUCUGAGGAGGUGGCCGGCAUUGGUCGAUGACAGUCUGGAGACGCACAUUGAGCUGAGUCAGCUGAAUCAGCUGUAUUCAGAGGACAUCAAGCUGUACACGGUGCCGUCACUGGGAGCCGAACAUCAGAGCCGAACGCUGCCCAGCAUCCGCGAGAUACGGUUCAUCACCACAGGAGAACACGAUCUCGAUGGUCUGAAGAUAUUUGUGACGAAGCCUAAACUGAGCGACCCCUGCGACGGGACAGACAGAUUUCCGGCUCCAACAGAAAUUUCAAGGGGAAGCUCCGUGAAAAGUGGCACACUUACAGUCCACACAUUUCUUACGAAGUCGUGCUUCAAGAAAAUACUGAUUAAAAAAUCGAACGCCAUCAAAAAGACGGACUCCAGCCUACCAGCUGCAGCUGUGCUUGAAGUACAGCUUCUCACUGAGCAGUCGGGAGUGUCCAGUCAGCAGUGCCGGUUACCGCCGUCACCGGUCGUGUCAGAUGAUGAUCCGGCGAUCAGCUGGGCGGCCGGCCCGCUCUGCUAUCACCUGUUCAGCGACCGGCUGUCGCGGGCUGCCGCAGCCACCCUCUGCCGUCAGCUCGGGCCGAGCGGGCAGCUGGUGCGGCUUCACAGCAGCGGGGUACACAACAUCGCCCAGCUCGUGCUCAGACAAUCAUGUUUGGCGAACAGAUGGGCUAACGAGUUUAUUUGGACAGCAGGCGAAGAUCAAGAUGACGAACAGACGCGCAACGCUGAAGACGGUAGUAGCCCACCGCCAUCUGGGAAAGAGUACUGUAUCGGAAUCAAACAAAUCAAACGAUGGGGCUUCGCACCAGAGCCCUGCGAAGAGAAGUGGAUGUUCAUUUGUCAAACAGCUCCGUCCAUGUGCGGCAGUCCGGCGGUGGGCUCGGGCCAGCGGUACGACCCUCCUCCCAGUCCGCACCUGCUCGCCGCCAACGUCACAUGCGCCGGAUACAGCACCGCCGAAGGAGCCGUGUUUUGCCGGGAGGGCCGCUGGACGCCGGCAGACUUCUGCCCAACAGACGGACUGCUGGGGACUGCCCUGGGCGCCGUGGCCGGAGUGAUGCUCCUGCUCGGCUGUGUUCUACUGGCUGCGGCCAGCUACAUGAAACACAAACGGGACAACGAGAGCGGCUGGGAGGCGUACACCUACAUCCGUCGUCUGAGCCGGCUCUCCCGCUACGGGGGCCGGCGCCAUGAGCUGGCCGCCAACCUGGUGACCGAUAACGCCUACAGCGCUCCGAUGACGGCGGCCGGCUCCAAGUCUCCCGUCAGCACCAGUGGGGGCUCCCCGCGGGCCUCCUGGCUGUACGGUCAGCCGGCGGCGCGGCGGGGGAACGCCGAGCUACUGCCGCCGCCGCCUCCCUCCAGCAGCCCUGUGAGCUCGGCCGGUCUGGUGAACCCCCACUACCGCGCCCCGUCCGCGUCCGACCAGCCCCCGCCGACGGCCGUCAGCCCAGCUAACCUCGCCGUCGAGUACUCCGUGCCGCUGGUACAGGGGCAGCGGCAGAGUCCGAAGCUGAGCUUCGCCGGCCGACCGGAAGAUGGCGCAGUCGGCGAUGAGUACGCUGUGCCGUAUGAUGCCAGAGGACAGGUAUCUGAGCGAACGGGGGCGCCCCCUGAUGUGGUGACCAGCACUGGAGGGAUGUAACUCAUUACAGCAUAAGUUUGCGAGGCGCGGAAACGGUCCCCGGUAGGGGGAAAGAGCUUUGAGCAUUGUGGCCCACGGCAAGUCUGGUCGGGUACAGCUAGAGCUUUGAUGUGGCGAUGUAGUUGCGAGGGCUGUACCCAAAUGUAUGCAGCAGGGACGGUUCCAUUAGUUAGUGAGAUGAAAAGACCGAGGGUGGGUCCCCAGUGCAGACAGCACAGAUCGUCUGUGGUUCUUCUGACAGUGGUUUGUUUAUCAAUAUGCACAUUCUAUCUUCCACAAUAAUUGCUUAGCAAUGUAAUGCUUUUAUGUGUACUGUACAAUGUACAACCCCCCGUGCUAUACAACUUGAUAUAAAUUGAACAUGAAAAUACCCUUUUAGUCUUUUGACUUCCCAGGCAAUAUGUACGAUGACAGCGCAUUUCAAUCUAGUCUAGAAAAGUGUGCUUUCAAAGCACUGAACCAUGACCAGGCACACACAGUUUGCUUGGUGCUAUCCCUACAUCCCAGAACACCAGGUGAGCAGCGUCCACGGCCUACUUCUACGAUACUGUUCCUACUACGAUAGAUCCGGCACAAGUUGUAAAGCCAAACACGCAGACAGCGU